AAUACAAGAUUAGAGACAAAGUUGUAAGGACCACAACCGAUAGUGGAUCCAACUUCCUCAAAGCUUUCCAUGUGUUUGGAAUGCAGAAAGAUGCAGAGGUAGAUGAUGAUGAAGAAGACAUGGAUACUCUCGAUGUAAAUGACCAUAUUGAGUAUCAUGAUGCAAGUACAAUCCUCGAUGAAGAUUCUGGUAUGGAAUAUCAACUACCCACUCAUCAACGAUGUGCAUGUCACUUGCUCAAUCUUGUGGCAACAACUGAUGCUUCCCUUGUAGAGGCCAUGAAUGACAACUACAAGAGGCUUUUCUGUGCUACAUUUGCAAAAUGCCAGGCCAUUUGGAACAAAACUAGGCGAUCUCAUUUGGCUAGUGAAGUGGUAGAGGACAAGUGUGGGCUACAGAUCAUCCGCCCCAAUGCAACACGGUGGAAUUCCACCUGUCUUGCCACUGAAAGAAUUAUACGCAUCAUUGAUGAGAAAGGUGAAGAUUCCAUUAGGGGUGUAUGUGACGAACUCAAGGUGAAAAUGUUGAGUCCUGCAGAAGUUGCAUUACUCCGGGUGUAUAGCAUCACCAUGAAGCCACUGAUGAAAGCUUCAAACAUCCUCCAGUCAGAAUCCAGUGUUUACAUGGAAUGGCUGCUGCCAGUAAUCCACCAGCUUCUAUCCAAACUCAACAGGCUAGAGACAUCAAGCAAGACCUGCACACCACUCAUCAGAGCCCUGCAAAAUGGCCUGCAUAAGCGUUUUGGACAGAUGAUGGAGGAUCCAAAAUUGGCUGCUGCUGCAGUCCUCUUACCCAAGUUCAAGACCUCCUGGACUGACAGAGCAGAUGUUAUAGAAGCUGGUAAUUUCAAAUUUAUGAUCUCAUUUGUGUCUAUAACUGCACGCCUGUAAAAGCAUGUAUACUUUUAUAACAUCUCUGUCAUGGCAGGCCUAAAAGGUUGUUAUUAAAGUAUCAUUUGUUGUGAUUUAGAUAAUUUAAAUGUGGGUUUACAAAAAUGCUCCCAUAAAUUGAAUUUAUUGUUUUCAAAUUACA